UUUCUUCCUCCUGUCGUCUCGGGGAGUUUUUUCACACCACCGUGUCCUCUGGGUUGUUCAUUAAGGAUCUGAAUCUACAUCUGGAGUUCUGAACAAUGAUUCUUUCAGUAGGAAACAUCUGGAAUUUAAAUCGUUGUCUUUUAAGAUGUCGGAAAUUUUGAAGUUACAGCUUUACCUCUGACCGUUACACAGCGCUGACACUGGAGACUCCUUCCAUACACGUUACAUCAACACAUUCCUCCUUACUUUAAGAAAACUUCACCACAUCAAUCAUUUCUUUUAGUCGGUUUAUUAUCAGUGGAGAGUUGCUGUGUUACGGGUCCCUGUGAACGAGCCGCUACUAUAGAAACGCUGACGUAUCGGAACGAGCGCGUUAAUAUAAACCUGCGCGACUGUCAGAGCCGCGGUUCUGGACAACUAAUCACCUGUGGUAUAAAACAUGUAUGAUGUGACGUUUGGUGAGGUUUUCUGUAAGUAGAAACGUCUUUAUGUAACGUGUAGGGAAGGAGUCUCCAGUGUCAGCGCUGUGUGACAGUCAGAGGUGAAGCUGUGAGUUUAUUGAGAUGGGAACGCUUUAAUUGUGUAGAGGUUUAAUGAAAAGUAGACUUUAUAGUGUACCAUAAGUGCUUUCUGGCUGAUGAAUGACGAUGAAUGACAGAUACAGGAAGUUUUGCUGAGUGUGACGAGGAGGAAAUGUGAAUUAGGGUGGAGUUUACUGCCAGCCUCUCGUGAGUGAUGUGAGAUGAUGUGGGUGUUGCUUUCAAUUUAGACGUCCUGCUUUAAAGUAAACAGUUUUGAUCAGAAGGUUUCAUUUUCACUACAACUACUCUCAUCAUCGUAAGUCGAGCAGGAGGGAAUUCAAUGGCAGACGUGCGCCACAAUCCCACCGACUGCCGCGUCGACAUCGCAGGGUUUGAUGAUGAUGAUGAUGAUUACAGUGAUGAUGAUGACGCUAAAGCUAACGUCAUCUCACUGCCUGAAGUCACGUGUCUCUGCUGCUACGACGUGUUGCUGGAUCCCACCACGCUGAGCUGCGGACACAGUUUCUGUCGUCAUUGUCUGGCCAUGUGGGUGCAGUCCUCCAGGAAGACCAUGUGUCCGACCUGUCGCAGGAUCUGGCACGGUUUCCCCAAAGUCAACAUCUCAUUCAGGGAUUUGGUGGAGAAACAUUUCCAGGCCGACGUGGCGAGAAGACGACAGAACAUCAUGGCCGACCCACGUGUUCUUCGGUCUCUGCAGGUGUUACAGCAAGCUGAGCGUGUGACUCGCUGUCGAGCCGCUCCGCCCCCUGUGCAGUGGUACCCCUGGCUGGGUCCCAGAGGAUUCUUUUCUGGAGUGCUUAUCACGCUCACCUUCGCUGCUGUGGUGUUUCUGGUGUAUCAUUGGCGUGCAGGAGACAUGAAGGUGGAGCGUUUGGUGAAGAAGCCGCUCGGAGCGUGGACGCCUGAUGAGGUGGCCAUGUGGAUGGAGAACCUGGGGACGUGGACAUCUCCUUACAGACACAUCUUCUUCAAGGAGCAGGUCAAUGGCAGGUUGUUAAAUGCACUAGGAGAACAGGAUAUGUUGAAGCCUCCAUAUGGAAUAGAGAACGAGCUCCACAGACGUGCGUUGCUAAAAGAAGUUCGCCUUGUGCAGGAACUCGGCUUCAAGCGACCUCAAAAUCUCUGGGAGUACAAGGCAGUAAAUGGAGGGAAGUCUUUAAUUCUCCUUUUCACCAUGACCGACUCUCCACGUCUCACCAUCCUCUACAUGUACUUCUUUGAUUAUUACGACUCGUUCCUGCCUUUCAUUCAUGUCAGCUGUCCAUCAGCGCAGAAGAAUAGUUCAGGAGACGACCUGCCCUUUAUGAACCUGGACAGCCCUGAUUGGAGACAGUGGUUGUCGUUUACGGUGCAGUUCUGCCUCCUGCCCUAUCAGCUGAUUUAUGACUUCGCGUGGGAUUGGCAGGAUGUUCACUACUGGACAUCACGCAUCAUCAUGUGGCACUGUUUUACACUCACGUUGCGAGAAGGUCAAAUACUGUGGCGUCUCCGAAGCCACAUUCACCUCAGGACGAUUCGGACCAUGUUCUUCUGCCAUGUGUGUAUCAUAGGAGCGUUCUGUUUCACCGGGCUGCUUUUCUGGAACGUUCUGCAUCAGUUUUUUUGGGAUUGUUUGUUCUACUGGGCUCUUUACUUCCUCCCCUUAGGCAGUACAAUCAUGGUUCUGUGUCCCUUUAUAAGAGAACUGUGUCCGAAUUUAUAUAAUCAACAAUAGCACACGUGCACACACACACACACAUACACAUACACACACAGUAUGGUGAAUGAGCAGUGUUAAAUUAACUUCUCCAGAAAUUUAUAUUAGGAGAAAUAUUAAGAUAAAUGAUUUGGACAUUUACUGUCUUUAAAAGAUCACGAGUUUAAUAUAAUGCUUGUAUUAUGUAUGAUUUUCAUCAGUUGAUUACGUAAUAUACUUUCCAAAAAAGGGUUAGAUUUUUAAGUUGGGGUUUUAUUUCUUCUAUUUAUGAAUGUCCUGUAAAUUGUCUUACUACGAAUAAAGAUCGUGUUUAUAUAUUUCUGUCGUGUUUAUAUGUUUCUGUAAAGCUGCUUCGAGACAAUGUCUAUUGUAAAAAGCGCUAUACAAAUAAAAUUGAAUUGAAUUAAAGAUAAUGUGUAUAAAGUUUUAUUUUUACCCAGUCCUGACCGUGUUGUGCUGUCAUUAAAUCAUAAUAUUUACAAUGUGCCCCCAAAAUACGAAUGAGCAGUAGCGUCAAUAAAACAUUAAACUAAAUUAAAUAAUUAUAUUUUUGACUUUACGAUGGUAAAAUUCGCAUUUCCGGGGUUUUUGUGUCGCCCUGUGACGUCGGGACUUUAAACCCAAUCAUCGUGCUGCUUCUCAGUGAAACAAACCAAUCAUAAAGCAGGGGGCGGGAUGUUUCGAGAC